GACUGAAGGCAGCAGGUUAUUUAAUCAGUGUCUCAGCACUAUUUGAUUUGAUUGUUUCUGCCUCCAUGGACUGAUAACAACAUUUUUGGAAAAAUCACUGCUGCAGAGAAGCUGUCUCAUUCCUAUAUUGCUUCAAUUAUUUUCUCUGUCUCACUCUCUCUUCAUCCUUUUCUCUUAUUUUCUUGCACUCAACGACUGAAUGGAUAAAGCUGGUAUGCCUGAGGCUUGCGGGCCCCUGGCAAGCCAUGAACAAAUCACCGAGGCAACAGCACCUAGUUCUAAACUCUUCCGCUGCAACUGUGUGCGUCGCUGGGUUCCCCUGGCCUACAGAGAGGAGCUCUACCAUGUUCUGCGCCUGUCCGGGCCCCUGCUCAUCUCCAGGAUCCUAAACUUCCUACUGCCAUUCGUCAUCACGAUAUUCUGCGGUCACCUAGGAAAUGCUGAAUUGGCUGGAUAUGCCUUGGCCUCUGCGACUAUUAAUGUGACCACAACAGCCACAGGAUGCGGUCUGGCCCUCGCAUGUGACACACUUGUCUCUCAGACAUUUGGCAGUAAGAACCUUAAGCGUGUGGGGGAGAUUCUCCAGAGAAGCAUUCUCAUCCUCUUACUCUUCUGCCUGCCAUGCUGGGCCAUACUCAUCAAUGCUGAGUCAAUACUACUCACCCUGAAGCAAGAGCCAGAGGUGACCAGGAUUGCACAGCUGUAUGUUAUGGCUUUCCUCCCUGCUGUUCCUGCCAUGUUUCUGCACCAUCUGCAGGUGUCUUAUCUGCAAAACCAGGGCAUCAUCCUGCCACAGAUGUACACAGCAGUUGCUGCCAACAUUUUAAAUGUAGCAACAAACUACAUCCUUCUUCACUCAAUGAAACUGGGAGUGAUGGGCUCUGCCGCAGCCAACAGUAUCUCACAGAUCUCCAUCUGCCUCUUUCUGUUUGCUUACAUACGCUGGAAAAAGCUGCAUGUGAACACAUGGGGUGGCUGGUCUACUGCAGCACUGCAGGAGUGGGGGUCUUACAUGAAACUGGCUAUUCCUAGCACUCUCAUGCUCUGUUUUGAGUGGUGGGUCUAUGAGAUCGGAGGUUUCCUUGCAGGAAUGCUGGGGGAGGUGGAUCUUGCUGCUCAACAUGUGUUGCUGGAGGUGGGGGCCAUUACAUACAUGUUUCCAUUAGGUGUGCACGCGGCCGCUUGUGUGCGUGUGGGAAAUGCGCUGGGAGCUGGAGACACUAACAGGGCCCUGAUCACUAGUAAAGUGACUCUUAUGAUCUCAGGAGUUUUGGCUGUUUUACAGGGAAUCAUGAUGGGUUUCUCAAAGUCAGUAGUGGGAUACAUCUUCACUUCUGAUGAGAGCAUAGUGAAAAUUGUCUCGGAAAUCCUCACCCUGUACGUUUUCCUGCAGUUUUUUGAUGCUCUCGUGUGUGUGUGUUCAGGGAUUCUUCUGGGUGCUGGGAAGCAGAAGAUAGCAGCACUGUCCAACUUGAUCUGUUACUACUGCAUUGGGUUACCAGUAGGAAUAUCACUGAUGUUUCUGGCCGAGCUCAGGAUACUUGGUCUAUGGCUUGGCCUCUUGAUUUGUGUCAUAAUUCAGACCUGUUUCUUCACCACUCUCAUCUUUAAGCUCAACUGGAAGAAAGUAACAGAGCAGGCUCAGAAACGUGCAGGCAAACAUGCAAAGGUAGUGUGUGUUCAAAAGGCACCAUCGAUAGGACAGUCAGUCCUUGAUACGCUCGUUUCUGAAGGGCAGAACAACGAUGAGCAAACACCUGAUACUGGAGCUUCAGCAAGUAUCCCUGAACCUUGGGAUGACAUAACUGGAAACAAAUUUGAGGGUUUGGACGUUUGA